AUGGCGAUUAAAUCUUUUAUUUCAGGGGGCAAUUUCGUAAACCGAUUUUUCUAUGUUGUAAAACAAGAAAGGUAUCCCUUGUUGUUUAAGAAGAGAAGAUCGUUUAUAUACACUGUUGUUGUUUGGUGCUUAGCUCUUGCUGGCUGUGUACCACCGCUUUUCUUUAAAGAAGGCAGAUUUGAAUUCCAGCCUGGGAAAUCGAUGUGUUUGUACACAUUUGAAAGCCACAUCGCUUACACAGUCUUAAUUGAGUGUUUUUAUGUCGCAACACCCCUAACAGUCAUCACAAUCUGCUACGUUACAGUGUUCCGCACAGUCUCAAGGUCAAAUCGCAUUUUUUCUUCGGAUAAUAACCCCAGCCAACUCUGUGCGAAUGUGGAAGAAGCCAAAGUGACGAAAACUUUAGUAACGGUUCUGUUUAGCUUCGUAUUUUGUUGGCUCCCUAUUUUUGUCGUGGAUUGCACUGACGCCGCGCCCGGAGAACGCGCAAUGUCACGACAGGUUUACCUGAUGUACGCAUUCUUGGCCUAUUUAAGUAGCACUAUCAACCCGUGCAUCUAUGGUAUCAUGAAUAAACAUUUCAAGCGAGAGUACAAAGUUCUCUCGCGCAAGUUUGCUUGCUUUCGUCGCCAGUGUAGGAACAACAACAAAAACAACAACAGCAACCACAACGCAGAAAGUGGUGUAUGA